GUCUACUCAAGUCUUUGAUUAUCUAUGUCUAUUAGUGUUGCAUGGAGAAAGAACACAUUAAUAUUCCAGUUUAUUACGUAUUCUUCAUAGCAUCAUCAAACGCCGCGAUGAUAGGUCUCCUGCAGGGGUUCCCAAGAACCAGCCUAGCACUAUCUAUACCCAAAGAGCGCCUUCACAAUAUCCAACGACCCUGGAAAUUCACCCAUGAUUCUUUCGAGACUGUCCAUUUCCUCAGCAUUGAGCUCGGAUGGGAUAGGAUAAACAGCAUCAUCCUCAUCCCCGUUUUCGUGAUCGAGAUCGAUUAUGUGUACCCCAUCUUCCAUAUUUUCUAGAUCAUUAAGCAUAUUAACCAGCUCUUGUAGAGCCUCUUCUUCGUUAUCGCUAUUUUCAUCUUCCUAUCUUGUAACAAGUUGAGUAAAAUUAUCUCUCUUCGAUCUAUACAUUAUAGAUUUGGCUAUAAGGUUCAAAAUGUGAGGCGCGUAGCGAACUCGUUGUUUUGAAGGAUCAAAUCCAAAUUUUCGUCCAAGAGCUGUAACUAAUGGC